GGGGCUCGGCCUAGAGCGGGUGGCCGAGCCUUCUUGCACCCUGCCCCGCAUCCUUCCCGCCUUCUUGGCCCUGCCUGCGCCGGGACCACCCCGACCCUGAACUCCACCCCACCAACCAGGCACAGAGCAGAUGGCGGCACCUGAGGUGGCUGGCUUGGCGGCCAAUGCCCCAGACCCUCCUGAAUCCUCUUCUAGUAUAUGUGCUUCCAAAUCCGAGGAAGGCUUCCCCGAUGGUCUAAGCCCCAAAGACCCUGCAGAGAAGCACAAGAACUCUCCUCUGGCGAGUGUAAGUAACCCAGCGAUCCCCGAGGAGAGUAACAGAAAUGCGCGUUUGGAACAGCCAGAGCAGGACCUGGGCUCCUCCACAGACGGCGGUACCCCAGCCGCGCGCCAGCCGCUUGUAGGAGGCAACUUGCUAGCCACAGCCCCUGGUCUGUCUGGCGGUGGGUCCCGGUCUGAUUUGAAGGAUGCGGCCAGCACAGCAGGAGAGGAGGAGAGCCCCGGCCCGCUCCCUCCUCAGGCAGGGGGCCCGCCAGAGCAGCGUGCCUCCGGGAAUGGUUCGGAAGACAAGGCCCCCGCAGCCUCCGUCCUAACGGAGGGGAGCAGGGACACAGGCAUGGAGGAGACCCGCCCGGUAGUGCCUCCCGAAAAUGGGGUGGAAGGAGGCAGAGUGGAUCAGGAUAGUUCCUCCCUGAAGCUUUCUCAGAACAUUGCUGUUCAGACUGACUUUAAGACGGCUGACUCAGAGGUAAACACAGAUCAAGACAUUGAGAAGAAUCUGGAUAAAAUGAUGACCGAGAGAACCUUGUUGAAGGAACGUUACCAAGAGGUCCUGGACAAGCAGAGGCAAGUGGAAAAUCAGCUCCAAGUGCAGUUAAAGCAGCUCCAACAGCGGAGAGAAGAAGAGAUGAAGAAUCACCAGGAGAUUUUGAAGGCUAUCCAGGAUGUAACAAUAAAGCGGGAAGAAACAAAGAAGAAGAUAGAGAAAGAAAAGAAGGAGUUUUUACAGAAGGAGCAAGAUCUGAAAGCUGAAAUUGAGAAACUUUGCGAGAAAGGCAGAAGAGAGGUGUGGGAAAUGGAGCUGGAUCGACUCAAGAAUCAGGAUGGCGAGAUAAAUCGGAACAUUCUGGAAGAGACGGAACGGGCAUGGAAAGCAGAGAUCUUAUCAUUGGAGAGUCGGAAAGAAUUGCUGGUAUUGAAAUUGGAAGAAGCUGAAAAAGAGGCAGAACUGCAUCUUACUUAUCUCAAGUCAACUCCCCCGACGCUGGACACCGUCAGAUCCAAGCAGGAAUGGGAGACCAGACUGAAUGGGGUUCGGAUCAUGAAAAAGAAUGUCCGGGACCAGUUCAAUAGCCAUAUCCAGCUGGUGAGGAACGGAGCCAAACUCAGUAGCCUUCCUCAGAUCCCCACACCCACUCUGCCUCCACCCCCCUCAGAGACAGACUUUCUGCUUAAAGUGUUUCAGCCCAGCCCCUCUCUGGCUCCUCGGAUGCCCUUCUCUAUUGGGCAGGUCACAAUGCCCAUGGUUAUGCCCAGUGCCGACCCCCGUUCCUUGUCUUUCCCCAUCCUGAAUCCUGCCCUGUCCCAGUCCAGCCAGCCUUCCCCACCACUCCCUGGAUCCCAUGGGAGAACCAGCCCUGGCUUGGGUUCCCUUGUCGGCUCCCAUGGUCCACACAUGCCCCCCGCCGCCUCCAUCCCGCCUCCCCCAGGCCUGGGCGGUGUUAAGGCUUCUGUUGAAACUCCCCGGCCCCAGCCAGUAGACAAACUAGAGAAGAUUCUGGAGAAGCUGCUGACACGGUUCCCGCAAUGCAAUAAGGCCCAGAUGACGAACAUUCUCCAGCAGAUUAAGACUGCCCGGACCACCAUGGCUGGCCUGACCAUGGAGGAGCUGAUUCAGCUGGUGGCUGCGCGCCUGGCCGAGCACGAGCGUAUCGCAGCCAGCACACAGCCACUUGGUCGCAUCCGGGCUUUGUUCCCUGCUCCAUUGGCCCAAAUCAAUACUCCAGUGUUCUUGCCUUCUGCCCAAGUUUCAUACCCGGGAAGGUCUUCACAUGCUCCGGCCACUUGUAAGCUGUGUCUGAUGUGCCAGAAGCUGGUCCAGCCCAGUGAGCUGCACCCCAUGGCCUGUACCCAUGUGCUGCACAAAGAGUGUAUCAAAUUCUGGGCCCAGACCAACACAAAUGACACUUGUCCUUUUUGCCCAACUCUUAAAUGAGGGCCUGACUGACGACGGGGGAAGAAGCAGAGGAGGAACUGGUGUGAACAGGAAGCGCGGGUUCAAGAUUUCUAAAACUCUAUAUUUAUACGGUGACAUAUACUCAUGCCAUGUACAUUUUUAUUAUAUAGGUAAUGUGUGUAUAGAAAGUCUGUAUUCAAAUGUUCGUAAAUGAAACUAUGUAUAUGAUGCAGCAGUGGUCUGUCCCCUCACCUUGCAGGGUCUAGAUAAGGUGAUGUUUUAGUGACUGUCCUCGAUGCUACCAUAUUCUUGCCUAGGGCUGUCUUCAGACACAGUAUAAAGACCCUCUAGGCCCCUGCUGCUGUUCCUAGGCCAUCCCCGCUUCCAUCUGUCUCUGCCUCCACUCUGUCCAUGUUCCUAAGGCCCCCCAUGUGCAGAUCGAAAUCUUGGUGCUUCUCUGCUGUCCCAGCAAAUGCCUUGCUUCUGGAAACCUCCAGAAGCCUCAGUGUGGCUCUAGCCCCAACUGAGAAAACGAGACUGGUUGGGGCCAGAGCGAUAGUACAGUGUGUAGGGUGCUUGUUUUGCACAAGGCUUACCUGGGUUGAAUGUUCUCCAGCAUCCCAUCUGGUCCCCCAAGCACUGCCAGGAGUAGUUCCUGAGUGCAGAGCCAGGAGUAACUCCUGAGUAUCUCCGGGUGUGACCCAACAAACAAACAAAAAAUGAGACUAGUCGAGGGAAAACAGGUAGCCCUAAUAGUUCAACUUUUUGACUAUUUUACUGUGUUGACACUCAUUCUUUGUACAUAGACAUCAGGUUUACAGAAAGUUCUACAGCAGCAAAAUUCAUAGUCCAAUAACAACAGAACCAGGCCCUGUGUCCCCCAGCCUAGCCCACUCCUAGACUCUGUCCACUUUAGAUCAUCCGUCAUCCUACCUUUUGUCUUUGGGAACUGGCAUAGACUCGGACAUUUUCAACCCAUGACCCUGUGCUGGGGGAGCCACUGUAGCACCCUCGCCUCUCUCCUUGGCUUCUGGCCUCCUUUCAGGGAGUCCUUUCUCCCCUCUGAAAGUUAAGGCAGCCAUUCAUACCAUCUUGUCGAGUGACCUUAGUUGAGCUUCCAGGCAGGCACUCAGGUGAGGAGGUCUGUACAAACUUCCUUUCAGAAUGAUCUUGGCAUCGUGGCCUUUGAACUUCAGAGAUAAGGAAGCUAAGGGGCAUGCAGGCUAUUUUGGGGAGAUGGGGGCUGAAGGUGAGGGAAGCUGGCCUUGAGGCUUUGGGCCCUGCUCAGUGGUGGGAGCUGAAGCCUUUCCACCCACUUUGGCUUUACAGCUCCCAGUUGAAGCUCUGAACCUCACUCUAUCCUAUUGUCUCUAUUCCUGUAGGAAAUGGCUAUAACUCCCCUUACUUUUGGAAUUAAACAAAUAAAAAUUAAGUGUUUAAUAGUGCGAACUUA